AUGUUAAGUCCUUUUGGACUUAUUUUUCUUCCAUCUAACUUGGUUGUUGUGCUGUUCAUUUGCUGUGUUCCCGAUUUUGCCUUUGCCCAUACAUCAUUGCUGUGUCCCCUCCUUUUGCCUUUGUCCAUCUACACACCUCACUCCACCCUUUUUACUGCAUCCCUUUCCUAUAGUCCUUUUAAUACAAAUGUCUUUUGUUAG